CCUGGUCAAAACAUUUGGAUGACGUUUCAUAUCCGUGUCGGUCGACAGAGAAAAUGGCUGAAGUGGAGGAGACAAGUAAACUUAUGUUUGCAGGUUUGUCAGAUGUGUCCAUUUCAGGGGACAUUCCUGUUGAGGGGCAGAUCAAUGUCCCUAUUGGAACACCGAGUCAGGACAAAGAAUACUCCACACUGGAUGAACCUGUCAAAGAUACCAUAUUGCGAGAUCUGAAAGCAGUGGGCAAAAAGUUUGUUCAUGUGAUGUAUCCCAAGAAGAGUUCAGCGCUACUGAGAGACUGGGACUUGUGGGGACCAUUAUUGCUCUGCGUGACACUGGCUCUGAUGCUGCAGGGGGGUUCAGUUGACAGUAAGGAUGACGGAGGGCCCCAGUUUGCAGAGGUGUUUGUGAUCAUCUGGUUUGGAUCUGUCAUCAUCACACUGAACUCGAAGCUGUUGGGAGGCACCAUAUCUUUUUUCCAGAGCCUGUGUGUGCUAGGCUACUGCAUCAUGCCUCUGACUGUGGCAAUGGUCGUCUGUAGGCUAGUGCUGCUGGGUGGGUCUUGGGGGUUCAGCUUUAUCGUCCGACUAAUUGUGGUCACAGCAUCAUUCAGUUGGUCCACGUUUGCCUCUACAGCUUUCUUAGCAGAUUGCCAGCCUCCCAAUCGCAAAGCUUUGGUGGUGUAUCCUGUCUUCCUUUUUUACUUUGUCAUUGGAUGGAUGAUUCUCACAUUCUCACCGUCUGCGUCACAGUGGACUUAUCUCUAACUGAACUUUUCCCAAUCCUUUUGGAAUAGAAGGAUACAAAUCAACACCUUGCCAUUUGUGAAAGUUGAGUGGAGUGUUGGGAGUACUUUUGAUGGAAAACAUUGUAUUUUUCUUUGGAGCUACAAGGAAAAUGGUGAGAUAUUAACCAUAGUGCACAAUGCUUUGCCUCUAUCUUUUUUUUGUGGCUCUAUUAUUGCUAAGCAUAGCUAAGAAAUACAGUGGAGUACAAUGGACAAAAGUGUCAGUGAGUCCCUAUAAGGAUGUCAGAAAAGCCUAUCUGCUUGAUUUAACAAGCUCUCUGUGUCUCACUUGAAGAGAUUACUUAUCUCAAUUGUUUCCUGCCUUGUAAAUUGUAAAUACUAACUAAGGUUCCUACACUAAGCACAUUCCCCACUGUAAUGUUAAUAAUUCAUCAUAACAUGUAGACUAGCAGGAAUAAAGGGGACCAUGUGAUCUAUA